AUGGAAUCCGCUGGUGGGAGGCUCCAAGAAGGUGUAUCAAACCUAGCUAAGAAUCUAGACUUGGUGGAUCCUGAGGCAACAAGUGGGGAAACACAAGUCCAUGAAGUUCAAGAAGGCACAUCUGCUGAAACUCAUCAAGAAAAAUAUAACAAAAUUAUGGGCAAGGAGAAACAAUCAGGCUCCAGCAGGAUAGAUUCAUCAGGCUCUCCAGAUCAAUCAGAAGAUCAUGUAGAUCAUGGUGAAGAUUCAGAAGAAUCAACUGAAGUUUUCAUUGGAAGGCCUGGAGAGCCAAUCACCAUCCCUUUGAAAAAGAAUACAAAGCUAUCUCAAGAGGUAAAAUCCCAUCAUAUCUUGUCAUUAUGGGACCAAGGGCUCUACAGGGAGAUAUUUGGAUAUUUAAUGAAAAGAUGGAAGAGCAGACAACAAGAAAACAAGACAUACUUGCGGAUGAAGAAAGAAUUAGCUGUGAGAUAUGUGUCUGAGCGUCUGGCAACUGCAGCUUUUAAGUUGGCACCCAAAACAGGGUAUUCGUCUAUUGGGGAACAUCUUGAGCACGAGCUGGAUGUUAGAAGAGCUCGGCUGGAACUAGCAAUGAUUCAUAUUGAGCGUCUCAAAUCUUCUCCAUCUUGGAUUGAGAGGCAUGCAAAAUAG